CAUCGACCCGCCGUCCUACACCUCACCACCUCCACUUCCUGCCUACUUCUGCUCUCUCCACCUCAGUUACUUCACCUCCUUCUCCUGCUGCUGCUACUGCUAUUUUCGAACAGACGUGAGUUCAGACGAAUGCAACACAACACAAGAUAGCUCGGACCAAGGCGAGAGAACCGGUUCAAUAAGACAAACAACCAACCAACCAACCACCUGGCCCUCACUCAACAAGGCAUCUCCAGACGAGCAAAGAGAGGGUCGACUCUGCAGCGGGCCUCAAACUGCCUCUCCUUCCAUACACACACUCUCCUCAGAGAAACAUCGAUACACUUCGCUCUCGCUCGCACUGCUUCACCAGCGCGCAGUCCCCUCGCCGACUACCCAUCGCAGCUUCCUGCCCCUUGCCCUCCAAACCCUCUGCACCGGAAACUUGCAAUCAACCCGACACUUAAUUGUCACCCGCCCUCCUGAACAAAACCACGAACCGGCCGUACGGCGCCAACUAAACAGGGGAACAGAUCGCAGAAGAAAAGGAAGAAGGGGGAUAGGCUGAAAGAUCUCGUUGUGUGACUUACGAACAGAAAUCCGAGACGCUGGCCAGGACCAGAAUCAAAACACACACUUCCUACCAGCCUGUGACAGGCGGACCUCACCCAGCGUACCCAGGGCCCGAGCGGAUCCCAGAAACACGGCCCUCGCCCACUUUCGAUCCUCCGACGACAACUCGUCCCCUUCCACCCUCACCCAUCCAUCCGUCUUUGUCCCAUCCCUCCCCCUCUCAAAAAACGCCCAAAAGCCGAUCUGCCUGUGUCUGUUCAUUGACUGGACCGAACUGGUAUUUUUUCUCUCUCCCCCUUUCCUCCUGCCAGAGAACAAAGUCCCGCUGGUUUGCGAAACUUUGUGUGUCUGCGACGCCCAUCCUUUUGUGUUGUUCUUUUUGACAGCCGUCGAUCCCACCCUGUCUUCCGACAAGUCACAAACGGCCGCCCUCCCGCCAAUUUAUACCCCCGCAGGACACGAUACCAAAAAGACUCCUGGCUCCUUACCGAACCACGGCUCAAAUCUAGCAAUUGUGGUUCUGCAAGAACGCCUUGUUAAGACGACCUAAUUCUCUCCCUCCCCCAUCUCCCCCUUCCUCCCCCUUCCGCCCGAGGUCGCAGUAGUAGUAGUAUCUCCUUCGCGAGGGACCCGCCUUUGGUAUUACUUCAGCGACAAACUACCUACCUCGACAAUUUCCACUCCAUAUCGAUACCAAUCGUCGCACAUCGCCAACAAUGUCGCGCGCGAACCCCCCCAAUGCUUCGGGCUCCCGAAAGAUCUCGUUCAACGUGAGCGAGCAGUACGACAUUCAGGAUGUCGUUGGUGAGGGCGCCUACGGAGUCGUUUGCUCCGCGAUACACAAGCCUUCUGGCCAAAAGGUCGCCAUCAAGAAGAUCACACCUUUCGAUCACUCCAUGUUCUGCUUGCGAACUCUCCGUGAGAUGAAGCUUCUGAGAUACUUUAACCACGAGAACAUCAUCUCCAUCCUCGACAUUCAGAAGCCCCGGAGCUACGAGACCUUCAACGAGGUCUACCUCAUCCAAGAGCUCAUGGAGACUGACAUGCAUCGCGUCAUCCGAACCCAAGAUCUAUCCGACGACCACUGCCAAUAUUUUAUCUACCAGACUCUGCGCGCUCUCAAGGCCAUGCAUUCGGCCAAUGUCCUUCAUCGCGACUUGAAGCCUUCCAACCUGCUUCUGAAUGCCAACUGCGACUUGAAAGUCUGUGACUUCGGUCUGGCUCGUUCCGCGGCCUCACAAGAGGACAACUCGGGAUUCAUGACGGAAUACGUUGCGACACGUUGGUACCGUGCUCCCGAGAUCAUGUUGACGUUCAAGGAGUACACGAAAGCCAUUGACGUCUGGUCCGUUGGCUGUAUCCUGGCUGAGAUGCUGAGUGGAAAGCCCCUGUUCCCUGGCAAGGACUACCACCACCAGCUGACUCUAAUCCUUGACGUUCUCGGCACCCCAACGAUGGAGGAUUACUACGGCAUCAAGUCUCGUCGUGCGAGAGAGUACAUCCGCUCGCUUCCCUUCAAGAAGAAGGUUCCCUUCCGCACCUUGUUCCCCAAGACGUCCGACCUGGCUCUCGACCUCCUUGAAAAGCUCCUGGCUUUCAACCCUGUCAAACGCAUCACGGUUGAGGACGCCCUUAAACACCCUUACCUCGAGCCGUACCACGACCCUGAUGACGAGCCCACCGCGCCCCCCAUUCCUGAGGAGUUCUUCGACUUCGACAAGCACAAGGACAAUCUGAGCAAGGAGCAGCUGAAGCAGUUGAUUUACCAGGAGAUCAUGCGGUGAGCGAUGGCGUGCGAAACGACAGAGGAGAGAACUGGAAGAAAUUGUCUGCACUGGGCGAUAUCAUUGUCUGAUGGGAAACACAUGGCUCGCAAGGAUGAUGAGACGAGAACCACUUCAGCGAAGGGGCCGAAUCUGAGAGGGGAUGAUAAGACAUGGCUCUAUAGAUGACGGAUGUAGGGAGGGAGGAGGAGAAUUGACCCCAUGAGGCCUGCAGAGGUCACGAAUUACAAAGUAACAUAGGCGGGGCCAGGCAGAUUCGGCACGAUUGGCCGAAUCAAUGAUGGAUAGGCAAACAUUUAUCUCGUCUAAACU